GCUCCCUUUCCCCAGCGAAAACCAUGUCAAAUCACGCGAGGUCCACCUCAGCUCCUUCUACACCUCCGCUCCUCGCACCAGCAAUGUCGAGCCUCCUGGUUCCUCUCAACAACCCGGGGCCAAGGGGCCGUAAUCUGGAGCGUUUACCAAGGUUUCCAAGCUCCCCUGCCCUUGGAGUUGCGGAUGUAGUCGUAACACCUCCUCCAGAAGCACCACGCACUCUGUGGGGUACUAACAGAGAGCCUUCACCUACCCCCGGCCUUCUUUCCCCCCGUCCCCCACCUGCACCGAAAUCCUCUGUUAGCACUCGUGAGCAAUCUUUCGAAGGCACUCCAACAUUACCACCACUCCCUUCCCCGACAUUUAGCGAAAUGUUUUUCCUGGAAAGCGAUGGAGGACGCCUCCAGACUCCAAAAAUCAUUUUAACACCAGCUGAGGGCCCAUCGAGAAUAUUUUGGAGUAUCGGCGAGGUGGAUUCAGCUUCUGAUGUGGAUGAUCAUAGCGUCCGCGUAAGCAUCGAGGAACCAAGCCCAGAAGACGUGUGGGAAAUUGAGCACAAGAAAAACGGGGUUCGAUCAUUUAUGCAAACUGCUGCGGCUGCCCAUAUUCCGGCGAUGUCAGAUGAAAUUCCUGUUGCGGUUGGGGAUAAGCUGGAGAUUUAUAAGCGGUUUCAAGAUGGUUGGAUACACGGACGAAAUUGCACUACAGGAAAAACUGGCAUUUUCCCGGGGGGAUGUUUAACAUUCCUCACUCCACCUGGUGGAACACCCCCUUUCAUGUCCAGUUCCCUUCGAAAAGACUCGAUGGCAUCUGUACUGUCUUUUGUUUCGAGCUCAAGCAAAUGGAUGUACGGGCUACCCAAGCGGUCACGAUCGAGAUCCCGGUCAAGAUCACGAUCCCGCGAACGAGAGCAACAGAAAUCGUUCGAGGAAGGAACUUCAAUAAGAGUGGAAUCAGGUACCAGUUUAGAUACGGAAGGACGGUUAGAAAUGCAAGGAGGGUUGCGCUCGCUUCGUAGACGGCGAUCUGCAAAAGAAGUUUUGUGGCGAAAGGUGCGAAAAGCAAUUUUAGUGAUCGUGCUGAUGAUCGUGGCGUUGGUGCUGGUGCUUGGGUUAGGGAUUGGAGUUGGUGGAAAAGUGGCCACGCCAUCAGAUCCGGGUCAAGCGACGGGAACCAGUCGUACGCACCAGAUUGGCAUUGCCGAUGGAUCGCAAAACGCAUUUAGAUCUAGACUAGGGCAGAGCAGACGACGGAGACGAGCCGUUGCAUUCUUAUAUACUUGAGGGCGCACACGUAUUAAUGUAUACUGGGCGUUAUAUCCGCUAACAUCAUCACCCACCCUUCAAUGCUGCGCAAUUGUCAGUGCAGGGAAUAGUUCCCGA